AUGCAAACAAGUAAAAAGUUUAGUUUAAAUGAACGAAUCGAACAUUUUAUGUCCCAAUUAUUGAUUGAAUUAUUAUCAAAUGAAGCAUCUAUGAAUAGUCGAACAAUAAAAAUAUUACGAAUCAUUGUCAUGGAUUUCGUCUUUCUGGAUUUAGCAAGACAAAAAUCUCAACUUAGUACAACAAACAAUGUAAAUCAACAAUUCGAAAUCAAAUUAUAUGAAUUUCCACAAAAUUUUCAGAAUCUAUGCAUGGUCAUCGAUAUUAUUAAUGCAAUGACAGAUGAAACAAAACAAACACAAUAUCCUGAAUUGUUGAUCAUACAAUCAUACGAUAUGUUGGAUGAAACUCUCCCAUUCACUUUAGAUGAUAUUGCAAUUUCAAACUAUUAUUUUGAUCAUACAUCUGAUCUACAACUGAUUAGUCUAAUGAACAAUGAUGCAUUGAUUGAACAUUCAUUCAGUGAAUUCAUUCAUAGUCUAGCAAUCGAUAAUAUGCCAAAUUUGACACGUUUCGAACUCUAUCCAUCCUUAUUGAAUAUCCCAGUAAAUUGUAUACAAAAUCGUGCAAAACUGUUUCAUCUAUUCGAGAUAUUUGUCGAAAAAUUUUUAUCACUUCUUGAUUUCAGUUUGUCUCCGAAGACAAGUAUUCUUACAGAUAAAAUUCGAAUAGUCAAAAAUUAUUUAUCAAAUAGGAAAAGAAUUCAAUGGUUUGAACACUCAUUGAUAGAAACGAAAGCAAAUCAAUUUUCUACUUUUCCUACUAUACAAUUUGAUUUUGUGAAAGCAAAUGGUACUGAAAAUAAUGAACAACGUACUACAUUCUAUCAAGGUUAUGAACAAUUACAUGAAAAUGCUCAUCUAUUAUUUAGAAAUGAUGAUAGUCAACGACUUUGGGAAGCACAAUAUAUUGGAAUGCAUAGUAUCGAUCAUGGUGGGCCUUAUCGUGAUUCAAUCACAAGUAUGUGUUCUGAUAUAUGUAGUACACGAUUGCCAUUAUUUAUUUUAUGUCCAAAUGGUCGAACAAAUAUUGGUUUGAAUCGUGACCGAUGGAUUCCAAAUGUAUUUCCACCGAAUCAAUCAAUUCCAAUUGAAAUCAAAAAACAAUAUCAAUUUAUUGGACAAUUAAUGGGUAUGGCAAUAAGAAGAAAACAUCAUCUAGAUUUAAAAUUUCCCAAUUUAUUAUGGAAACAAUUACUAGAAGAACAAAUAACUAUGAAGGAUAUUGAAGCAAUCGAUAUACAAAGUUUUGCAAUUAUUAAAGAAAUGGAAAAUAAUAUAAAACAAAAUAAAUCUAUCGAUAUUGGCAGUGAUACCAAUUAUUUGUUUAGUAGUAUUAUGAGUGAACUUCGAUUUGAUAUUGUUAGUUCAGCUGGACAUACAUAUGAACUGUUUCCUGGUGGUAAAGAUAUUCCAAUAAUAGCCAAUAAUUUCAAUGAAUACUGUACAUACUAUCGUGAAUAUCGUCUAAAUGAAUUUCGUCGACAAAUUGAAUAUAUUCGUCAAGGUUUAUGUAGUGUCGUACCGAAUAAUUUGAUGACAUUACUUACAGCUAGUGAAUUAGAAGAGGCCGUAUGUGGAAAACAUCAAAUCGAUAUUGCUUUACUGAAACGAAAUACUCAGUAUAAUAAUUCCAAUUUAGAAACUCCAUAUAUUCAACGAUUCUGGAAAGUUUUAAUUGAAAUGUUUGAUGAUGAGCAGAGAAAAUUAUUUUUAAAAUUCGUUUGGGGAAGAAAUACAUUGCCAAGUGGAGAUGAAGAUUUUAGAGAAAAAUUUUCAAUCAAUUUAUUAAUGAGAAAUGAAUAUGAGGCAGAUAUAAUGCUUCCACGUAAGUAG